UUUGUGGACUUCUGGCUUUUCCGGCAGGCAGGUAGCCACUCCUGAGGUGUGCGUCUCUCUUCCGACAAUGAGAAACCAGCCGAGUCUGGGGCAGAGCACAGCAGAUGCAUGAACAGCCCCACAGGACGGCCGGUGGUCCGCUCUUCGGAGGGGCUCACCCACAGAAACGACAUGGACCUCUCCUGUGUACAUGCCGAGCCUCCCGAUGGGGGCUGGGGGUGGAUGAUCGCUUUGGCAGCUUUCCUGCAGUCGGCCCUGGUCUUUGGGGUGAUUCGCUCUUUUGGAGUCUUCUUUAUGGAGUUCAUGGUUUAUUUCGGGGAGCCAUCUACUGCCACCUCCUGGAUCGCCUCUGUCACCGUGGCAGUGCUGAUGUUUGCCAGUCCUUUGGCAAGUGCCCUCAGCACACAGUAUGGUGAACGGCCCAUGGGCGUCAUCGGUGGGUUCCUUUCGGGGCUGGGUCUCUUCCUGGCCUCCUUUGCCACCAGCCUGGCUCAGCUGUACCUCUUUAUUGGCCUCCUCACAGGUAUUGGUGGUGCCCUCAUCUUCUCCCCUUCCUUGGCCCUGGUAGCUCGCUAUUUCAAGCGGCGCCGUGCCUUGGCCAACGCUUUGGUGUUCUCCGGCGCUGGCAUUUCUUCAUUGGCUUUCUCCCCGCUCUUCCAGUUUUUGGUGGAUUCCUAUGGCUGGCGUGGAGCCCUCCUGAUUGUGUCCGGCAUGGCCUUCAACCUGGUGGCUUGCGGGGCUCUCCUUCGGCCACUGCCCUCGGCCGGAAACGCUGCUUUGAGGACGGCUCCAGAGCAGGAGAGCCGCUGGGGCAGGCUGGCCUCUCUCUUUGGGCUGAGUUUGCUCUACCACCGACCCUUCAUGAUUUUCUCUGGGGCUGGAGUGCUGAUUACAGCAGGGUACUUCAUGCCUUUUGUACACUUGCUGCCCCAUGCCAGGGAGACGGGCUUUGAUGAAUACCAAGCAGCCUUCCUGGUGUCUGCCGUGGGCAUUGCUGAUAUAGCUGGACGCAUCGUAGCCGGCUGGCUAGCCAACUGUGGUCCUCUCCGUCUUGUCCACCACCUCACCCUCUGGGCCCUCCUGACGGGUGUCACCUUGCUCAUGGUGCCACUGGGACACAACUAUGCCUUGAUGGUGACCCUCAGCAUCUGCUAUGGGUUCCUGGCCAGCGCUAUCAUCCCACUGAAGUUCUCCACUCUGAUGGAAAUUGUGAGCACAGACCAAAUAAUGGGAGCGAUUGGACUUAUCCACUUGAUGGAAAGCUUUGGAGCUUUGUCAGGGCCUCCGCUGUCAGGCUGGAUUCGGGAUGCCACCGGCAGCUACACGGCUUCGUUCCAGGCAGCUGGCUCCAUCCUCAUUGCAGGGAGCUUGGUUCUACUGGCCUUGCCAAACUAUCUCCCCUGCCUCCCCGCAGCUUCUCUCAAGCCGCCAGAAGAUUGCAAAGAGGAAGAAGCUCUGGCAUCCAGCCAUCCCCCGUCCCCACACUGAAGAUGGAGGAUUCAGGACUGAGCAGAGCUGAGCUGGCCUCUGCGCCAUUUCUGAAAGAGGGACCUCCAAGGCAUUCCGUUUUUGCAUUCUCAAGUCAUAUAUUUAAAAACUGAGGUGGGAGAAAGGGAGGACAGGCAACAACUGUGUUGCUGCAGAGAGAGAGAGAGAGACACGCUGGGCCCCAAAUGCAAAGAUGGUUGUGCGAAGCGUCCCAGUGUGGGCCAUUGUACGAGGUCAGGGUGGAUAUUAAACUACUCGAG